UCUAGAAUGGAUACAGCUAUUGUCAACAUGUACUUUUUGUAGCAGAUUUAGAAUAAUUUAUUACGCAGUUUAGGAUAACUAACGCAUCAGAUUAGGAUUAUUAGGUUAAGGCUAGGAAAAGAGGAAGGUUUAGCUGAUAUUCAAAACAUGUCAAUAAUAUACUUUUAUCGACAAUUUGACAAAAGCUGUAUCCCAUCUAGGCAUGACCUUGUUUAGCUGGCUAUCUAGCUAUUUGUCCUGUAUUUUUAAACGUUUUCUAAUUUUAGCAGCCCGGUUUAUUAACCCGAAUAUUUGGUCUCGGGAAUAAAACAGUAGCACCGAUGACCGACUGCGAGGGACUUCAAGACGUUUCAUGUAGUUUUUACUCCUGAAGAAUAUGGAGGUAGUGGACAGUCCUCUUAACCUCGCCCAUCAGCAGUCCAGGAAGGCAGACCGCUUGUUGGCAGCUGGUAAAUAUGAAGAAGCUAUUUCCUGCCAUGGGAAAGCUGCAGAGCUGCUGAGGGAAGCCAUGAAGUUAACAGAAUGUGAACAGGCUGGCUUGUCCAUGGCGCUCCAGAGAGACAGCCACGUGAAGCAGCAGCGGCUUAUUGAGGAGAAGUGGAAGAGGACCAGACAGGAGGGCAAUCCCAUGGUCCUCCUGAGCCACCCCUCUACCGACCAGCCCCCCGGCCUCGUGACCAACGAGCCCCCCCGCCACCCAGAGAGGGAGUACGACACCUGGCUGUACCUCCUGAAGAACAAGGGCUCCCCCCCUCCCCCCACACCCUGCCCCGGCAGCAAGGCCCACAAGGAUGAUAAGACCCGUCUGGAGGAGCAGCAGACCACCAUCGCCAGCCUGCGGCGCCACAUAGACAUUCUGCUGGGAGAGAACGAGAAACUGACCCAGGACAACAAGCGCCUGCGAGGGGAGAACAUCCGGCUGAAGAGGGAUGCAGCGGACACAGACUUACUGGAGAAAUCAGAGCUGUGGGUUCUUCCCCAGUCAGAGGAGAGGAGGAACAAGGACAUCUCCAUACCUAACCUGCCCCCUCUGGAGAUGCCCACCCAGGACAUCUCUCUGGACGACCUGCCUGCCCUGGAGCUCCCCGAGGACAUCCAGCACGAACUGCAGGCGCUGCUGGACAGAGACGACAAGCUGUGAGGAGACAGGCGGACAGACAGCCCAGUACUAACUAACUAAAGGAAGCCUCUCUACAGAGAGACUGUCCAGACUGGACUGGAAGAAAGCUGGCAAAUCUCAAUAAGUGUUUGAUUGGUUGGUGACCUCAGGCACUAGAUAGCAACCACAAAUGGUCACCGUGACAAGUUGGUAAAGGUCAUUUCUCCUAGUUCUGUCUGUCUCCUCAGUGUCUCUACUAGUGGGUACUACAUCUCGUUCACAUACACACACAAAACAAACUCUUUGCAGAAAUUGUGCCUUUGAAAAUGUCUGAAAUGAAGUCAAAAGGGAGGUGACCAUCAUCAGUGAUCUCCCUGCUUUGAUAACAGGCCUCUAUAUCUGGAGGCCCUGAUUGGUCGACUGGGACGACCUGCUAACCCUCUGAUACCCACCAGGGGCGACCUACUGACCCUCUGAUACCCACCAGGGACGACCUACUGACCCUCGGAUACCCACCAGGGACGACCUACUGACCCUCCGAUACCCACCAGGGACAACCUACUGACCCUCCGAUACCCACCAGGGACGACCUACUGACCCUCCGAUGCCCACCAGGGACGACCUACUGACCCUCCGAUACCCACCAGGGACGACCUACUGACCCUCCGAUACCCACCAGGGACGACCUACUGACCCUCCGAUACCCACCAGGUACGACCUACUGACCCUCCGAUACCCACCAGGGACGACCUACUGACCCUCCGAUACCCACCAGGGACGACCUACUGACCCUCCGAUACCCACCAGGGACGACCUACUGACCCUCCGAUACCCACCAGGGACGACCUACUGACCCUCCGAUACCCACCAGGGACGACCUACUGACCCUCCGAUACCCACCAGGGACGACCUACUGACCCUCCGGUACCCACCAGGGAUGACCUACUGACCCUCCGGUACCCACCAGGGACGACCUACUGACCCUCCGAUACCCACCAGGGACGACCUACUGACCCUCCGAUACCCACCAGGGACGACCUAUUGACCCUCCGAUACCCACCAGGGACGACCUAUUGACCCUCCGAUACCCACCAGGGACGACCUACUGACCCUCUGAUACCCACCAGGGACGACCGACUGACCCUCUGUUACCCACCAGGGAUGACCGACUGACCCUCUGAUACCCACCAGGGAUGACCUACUGACCCUCUGGUACCCACCAGGGAUGACAUGAUGACAGCCGCUGCAGUGGAGCCUCUUUGGAGCCUGAUCUACAUCCAUAGUGUGUGAGUGUUGAUGUGUUGUUGUGUUGAGCCCCACCAGCUGUCUGCCAGAUGUCUGGUGGGGAGAGUAAGGCUGCAGAAUACCAAGAACCUUUAAAUGAAAACCUGGUUGGAUGCUUCCGGAUUCUCUGCUUAUUCCAAACCAGGAUUUCUGUAAAACUAGAUCAUUUAUUGAAGGUUCCUGGAAUUCUGCAGCCCUAGUAGAGAAGAGUAUCACUGAGUGAAACUGCAGUUUAAAUCCUCUCACCUUUCCUUCAUCCUCAUCAUUUUUUACCAACAACCUGUGAAGGAGUUUAGAUGUUAAAGCUGAAUGGUGUUUGUCUUUCAGCCCUUCAAUGCAACGUUUGUUUCUUUGGCAUUUUAAAUGUUUCUUAAUAAAUGAAAACAAGCGUA